AUGUCUAGGCAAAGAAGCCAAACCAGUAUUGAAUUCAGAAAGUUGGUUAUAAAGCGUUCCAACGAUGGAAAAUCCGUGCGUGAACUUGCUGAAACUAUUGGCAGAAGUCGUUCUACUGUCCACGAUAUAAUUAAGCUCUUCAAAACCAACAAACAAGUGGAAAACAAGCUUAAAGCUGCGCGCAACAAGAUUUGUACCGAUGCAGAUAAUCGAUACCUGUUACGAAAGGUUAAAGAUAAUCCUUUCCUUAACGCUCCAAAGUUAGCCGUUGUAGCUGAAAAUGAGUUGGGGAAGAAAUCUAGUGCAUCUACUAUUAGAAAUCUACAUCAUUAA